CCCUGUGGAGCCAGGUUCUUAGGAAAGGUCAGGGUUUGAGGAGUUGGUAGAGUGAGAAGUGCAGAGCCCUAAAUGCCAACCCCGGCUCUGCUCCAUGGACCUGGGCCUCCGUUUUGCCAUUUAGCAGUUGAGUGUGCUGGUACCAGAACUCCCAGCUUUGUUGGCGCGUCUCAGGGGUGUUUUCCUCUUCCCUAGCUGUGGCGGCAGUGGCUGGCCGGCAUUAAUUUCUAUUGAAGGUGGAGAAAGCAUCAAGGAGAUGUCGGAGGGCAUGUGUGAGGUGUGGCCAGGCUUAUUCCCAUCCCAGUACAGUCUUUGCUUCUUCUAAUGGGGCAAAGAUGUCUUGUAGUCAUGGUCCCAGCUGCCAGUCUCUGCAGGGUUUGGAAUGUGGUCCUUCACAGACUUGCCUUAUGGUUUUCCACCAGCAGGCCAAGUCCAUUUGUCCCAUGGCCUUUCCACACUCAUCAGUCUCCUCCUGCAGAUGAGCGAAGAGUUCUGGAAGGAGGUGGUAUGCAGUCAAAACUGGGUCUUUGCUCUAAUCAAGAAAAAUGCACACUUCAGCAGCCUUACAGUUUUCACAUACAUGCAAAGAACCCAGAAAGGCAGCUUUAAAGAUUUAACUUCUGGGAGUGAUUGGCCUUCUCAGCCUCUUUGUAUAUUUAGUAGAGACAGGGUAUCACCAUGUUGGUCAGGCUGGUCUUGAACUCCUGACCUCAGGUGACCUCAUGCAGAUCUUGCAACAUCUUGAGUGUGACCUGAAUGACGAGUCCUUUCUUUUGGUGUUUAGGAGGGAGAAUGGACAGUCAGCACAGCCCCCUGGCAGGCAACUUGGUGUGCUUUUAUCCUGGGCACUCCCCACACAUGCAGGCGACACACUUUUUGAGUUCCUCUUAGUCUUCCAUGUAGGAGAUUUUGAGUACAUUUUUGCUGCUUUAUGAUCAUUGGAGUACCUCAUUUGUUCCCACUCUCCUCUUUGGAGAGUUGCCAGGUGCCCAGGAGAACUUGUGGCACCCACGACAGGAUGUAGUCUUCUCCUCCGGCCCCUCGUAGUCUGGUCCUGUGACUCCCUCCCCACAGUUCAGCCACUGUCCUUUCCAGCUCCAUCCGUGUAGCAGCCCUUCACUGCUCUCUGCCCUGCCUCCAUUCUGCACGCUGCAGCCAGGACAAACCCUUGUUGUUACCAGCUUAAUUUAGAGGUAAUUUGCAUUCAGUUCAGUCAUUUGCAGUGUACACUUUAGUGACUUUGAGUAUAUUUACAGACUUGUGGCCCAGCACUGUAAUCAACUUGAAAACAUUUUUCUCACCCAAAGGAACCCUGAGCGCAUUAGCAGCACUCCCAUCCCUCCCCGUUAGCCUCUGGCCGCCGCUGCUCUUUCUCUCUGUGGAUCUGCUGUUCCGGACAGUUCAUAUAAACGGAAUCCACCAUGUGUCUAUUUGUGACUGGCUCCUUAACGUAUUUUUGAGGUUCAUUCAUGUCAUAGCAUAUAUCCCUAUUUUGUUUUUUAAAGUUGCCGAAUAAUAGUUCAUUUUAUGGGCAUACCACAUUUGUUUUUAUCCAUUCAUCGGUUAAUGGGCAUUUGAGUUGUUUCUACUUUUGGGCUAUAUAUAUGUAUGUUUGUUUUUUUUUUUUUUUUUUUUUGAGACAGAGUUUUGCUCUUGUUGCCCAGGCUGGAGUGCAAUGACGUGAUCUUGGCUCACUGCAACCUCUCCUCCUGAGAUCAAGCAAUUCUCCUGCCUUAGCCUCCAGAGUAGCUGGGAUUACAGGCAUGUGUCACCACGCCAGCUAAUUUUUUGUAUAUUUAGUAGAGACAGGGUUUCACCAUGUUGGUCAGGCUGGUCUUGAACUCCUGACCUCAGGUGAUCCACCUGCCUCAGCCUCCCAAAGUGCUGGGAUUACAGGCAUGAGCGACCACACCUGGCUCUACUUUUUGGCUACAAUGAUUAACGUUGCUAUGAACAUUCCCAUACAAAUUUUUGCAUCGAAGAGUGUAUUCACUACUCUUGGAUGUAUACCUAGGAGUGGAAUUGCUGGGAUAUACAGCGACUAUCUUUAACCUUUUGAGGAACCACCAGGCAGUUUUUCAACAGCUGUAUCACUUUCCACUCCCAUUAGCAAUGAGAGAAGGUUCUAGUUUCUCCACGUCUUCACUAACACUCAUUAUUUUCUGACGUGAGGUGGUAUCUCAUUGUAGUUUUUUUAUUUUUUCUUUUUAAAAUAUGUUUUGUACAGAAGGGCCUCGUUAUGUUGAACAGGCUGGUCUCGCACUCCUGGCCUCAAGUGAUCCUCCUGCCUCAACCCUCCAAAGUGCUGGGAUUACAGGCGUGAGCCGCCACGCCUGGCCCUCAUUGUGGUUUUGAUUCGGAUUUCCCUAGUGGCUAAUGGUGUUGGGCAUCUUUUCACAUACUUCAGGAUGAACUUGCUUAAAUAUAAAUCUGACGCUGUUAUUCCUCUACUUGAAACCUUUUCAAAGCUUAACCAUUACCCUGAGAAUAAACUCCAAACUCCUGAUCGCAUGAGCCCAGGAAUUCGAGGCUGCAGUGAUCAAGCCACUGUACUCUAGCUUGGGCAACAGAGCAAGACCCUGUCUCAAAAAUACAUACAUAAGUAAAUUCCACCCUUGUGAAAUCGCUCUUCAUACAGCCUGUCAAGACCUAUCCUCUGGCAGUGUUUCUGGCCUGUGCCUCCUCCCCUGCCCUCUGCUCACUAGUUCCCUGCGUGCAUCUUGACCUCACUAGCCCCACAGACUGUGCAUAGUGUUGUUUCCACCUCCAGCCACAUACUCCCCCAGGCCUCUCCCCUCCCGCCUCAGUCUUGCCAUUCCCCUCACCCUCAAGAUCUUAGGGGCCCUUCUAGGAGGCAAUCCCCAACUUCCAGAGCCAGGGUGUAGGCUACUUCUGUGUGUCCCAUGGUACUGCCACAAAGAGUCUUGGUUCUCUCUGGGAUUCAGUUACAAGGUCAAUGCCUAAGAUAAAAAUGGAGUGUAAUUAAAAUUCCUCUUAGAAAUCAAUGGAGAGUGCCAUGUUGAAGGCCAACAUCUUAAGGUCCCAAAUGAUCAUUUUGCCCAUAUGGGAACAGAUCACUGUUUCUGUGGUUGAGUACCAGGUAAAGUGCUUGCCCUGUAGUUAGGGCCGUGUUGUGCAAAAAUCACUUAUUUUGGUGUUAGAACCACAUUUAGGCGAGAAGGUCACUUUUGGGGAGCAUGGGAACUGGGGCAGGCCACAGGAGCAGCAAAGGCAUGAGCUUGCCUGGGCCCCACUCCUGUCUCUGCUCAUGGAGGGAAAGGGGGGUCAGCAGAAUGGCCCAAACAACUUAUUUUCCUUUUUCUAAAGCUUUUUCAGACAGAUAACAUUGUGUUUAAGUGAAAUGUGUGUAUAAUGUUAACUCACUGUACCCCACAACCCAGCACACCUCUACAGUGGACUGUAAUUCUUGUUUUGCUAGACUUUUAGCUCCGUGAGGACAGGGACCAUGUCUGCUUGUUCACCGGGGUUUCCCCACUGCCUACCACCACGCCUCGCAUCCAGCAGGUCUUGUAAAGAUGGAAUGAAUUUGCAAACCCUCCAGCCUCAGGAACGGCUCCAUCCUCUGAGGCUCUGGGGCCCUCUGACGGGCUAGUUAUGUUUCUAUGUACGUACAGUGCCUUAUUCUCGUGCUUUAUGUUCCUUUCUAGCCUGUAAGCAAGCUCCUAAUGAGCAGGUUUCUUUGUGGUGUUAUCUCUGUAUCCUUGCAUCAGGCCAGCCCAGAGGAAGUACUGCUUCGAAAGUGUUUGGUAAAUGAAUGAAUUGUGGUAACCCAGCCCAGCUCUGGCAUCAUUGUCUGCAGGCUAGUCUAAAUCUAGGUGAAACCCCCAGAUUCGAAAAAGGGAAGAUUAUUCAGAGGUACAUAUGCUUGCAUAAGAAAAAAAAUUUCAUUAAAUAGACCUGAGUAAACUUCAGAUUUUGAUGAUCUGACCAUGUCAGAGCUGAAGCUUACUCAGCUUCAACAUUGACCAGGGAAUCAUGCAGAUAGGCCAGAAUAUCUUUUAGAAAAGCAUUCCUCUGUCCCACGAUAGAAGCAGAGGAAGCUGGCAGGUGGGUGAUGGGCCCCGAAGAAGGACUGUGGAGCCAGGUUUUAGCCUGUGGUUCUCUUGCUGAGGAACAUGACAGUAGUCUAGAGCAGGUGAACAGAGCAGAACUCACUCCCGCAGUGGCUCUUUUGCCGAAAGCAGCAUUCCUCAAACUUCUCACUUGAAGCAUUUAGUUACAGUGAGAUGCUAACACGCACUUUAGAUUCAAGUCAAAACUUGCUGUGAAGCCUACAGCAAAUCGUGGCUUCCCAGGUUAAUUAGUUGCUACACAAGUAAGUUUGAUAGGUAAGUACAGUAAUUGCUUUUAAACCUUAUAAUAACAGGAAGUAAAUUAGAAGUUAAACCAAUUUUUUCUUUUAUGAACUAAGAGAAGAGAAUGCUUUUGAUACCAAGAAUUGCACACUUGGAAUAAGGCGGAUUGUUACUGCAUAACCAGGCCCACAAUAAAUAUCAGGAACUUUUCUUAAAUGUUUAUAAAAUAAAUCUUAGAAGAAAAAAAUAUUGUAGCUUUUUUUUUUUUAAAUGAAACACUGAGCAUUUCAUAGAACUCUGUUCCCGGGAGUGGCUAGGGAUAUGCUGCCUCAAAAACCCUGUUUUGAGUAGUUGUGAGGCAUCGAAGUGGAAUUUUGCUGUGCUAUAAAUAAAACUAGCAUAGAGGUGGUGUUUCACCUACCACAGUCAGUACCUGCCUCAGGAUUCUUAUCUGUUCAUUUGAGCAAUUCCAGAAGCCCUCCCUGGAUGACCAGAUUCUUAAAUAGUUGAGACUUUGUAUUAUUUUAAAUUGUCACCCUCACCUCUGGGCUAGUGUAGGUUAGUGAGGUCGAGAGGCCUACACCAUUGGCAGAAGAGAAUUCUUGGGCUGAGCACGGUGACUCACACUUGUCAUCCCAGCACUUUGGGAGGCUGAGGCAGGCAGAUCACCUGAGUUCAGGAGUUGGAGACCAGCCUGGCCAACAUGGUGAAACCCUGUCUCUACUAAAAAAAAAGUAGCUGAACAUGGUGGCUCAUGCCUGUAGUCCCAGCUACUCAGGAGGCUGAGACAGGAGAAAUACUUGAACCCUGGAGGCAGGGGUUGCAGUGAGCCGAGAUUUCACCAUUGUACUCCAGCCUGGGCAACAGAGUGAGAUUCCAUCUCAAAAAAGAAAAAAAAAGAAUUCUUGCCUUCCUGUCCCUCCCUCGGGUUUUUGUGGUAGUGUUUAAUCCUGUGAUGUGGCCAUCUUCUCCUCAGAGGGCCCGUGAGAGGCAGGCAGCAGCUUUAGCUCAGGUAGAAUGCCUGUUGGGGAAAGUCACAUAGGAUGGCAGUGGGGGCUGGGGCCCUGGGGACUCCUGCGCCAUGUACUCAGUUGGAAGGACUGAGCAAGUCCCCUCACCUCUCUGGGCCUCAGCUUCCCUGUGUGUGAAAUGAAGGGCUCAGCUGGGAUGUGCCCCAGUCUCCUUCUAGUGCCAGUGUGUGGUCAGGGCCUGUGCCCUCCUCUCCAGGGAGCAUCAGAAGUGUGGGCUAGACAGCAGGAAAGAAGUAGGGGCUUGUCAGCAGGACAGCCAAGCCUCAAAGGAGCCUUGGUCCCCGCACCCAGUGCAGCCCUCACCUCGCAGCCCCUCAGUUAUGAAGGACAAGAGAGCCCACUCCUUGCUCUCUCCCUGUCCCAUCACCCCUCAGCCCCCCACAGAUCUGAGGUCCAGAAGCCAACAAUCAGGUUGCUAGCAUGGUGGGCACCCUCUUGCUUGUCUUGCUCAAUUAGGUUUUCCUUGGUGUGUGCAGGUGGCCCUUGUCAGGCCCCCGAUCCUACUGGAUUAUGACCUCACUCAACCUAAUGACUUACUUUUUGUUUUUAAAGACAAGGUUUCACUGAGUUGUCAGGCUGGUCUUGAACUCCCAACCUCAGGUGAUCUGCCCGCCUUGGCCUCCAAAGUGCUUGGAUUACAGGCAUGAGCCACAACACCCAGCCCCUAAUGACUUCCUAAAAGCCGUAUCUCCAAGAACAGCCACACUGAGGGUUAGGGCUUCAACAGAUGAAUUUGGAGGGUGUUUACAGUUCAGUCCGCAGCACCUAAUAAUGUGGGGAUCCCAGCCUGUAUUUGUGGAAUGAAGUCUCUGCUUUUUUAAAGUUUAUACACCACCUGGCCAAAUGUGGUGGCUCACGCUUAUAAUUCCAGCACUUUGGGAGGCCAAGAUGGGCGAAUCACCUGAGGUCAGGAGUUCAAGACCAGCCUGGCCAACAUGGUGAAACCCCAACUCUACCAAUACAAAAAUUAGCUGGAUAUGGUGGUGCGUGCGUGUAGUCCCAGCUACUUGGGAGGCUGAGGCAGGAGAAUUGCUUGAACCCGGGAGAUGGAGUUUGCAUUGAGCCAAGAUCGCACUAUUGCAAUCCAGCCUGGACGACAGGGCAGGACUCCAUCUCAAAACAAAACACACCAAUAGACCUGAAAAAAGUUUACACACCAAUAGACCUGAAGGCAGGAGAGUUUGUGAUGGUUCAGAGUCCUGAUUCUGGAGGAAACACCUGUUUUUGGGUUUCAGCUGUGCUCCUUACUGGCUGUGUGGCCUCUCUGGGAGACGGCAUCCCCCUCAUCUGUGAAGUAGGGUUGAACUUGUAGGUGGCUGAGAGGCUCAGGCGAGGACUAGCAGGUGAGGCCUUGGCACUGAGCGGGCACUCUUACGGAGCGAGCACUCAGUCAGAGGCCUUGAUCACCACUGCUCUGCAGCCCUAGGGUCUCUUGUCAGCAAUGUCCUUACUCUCCUGAGUCGGUCUUUCUGGCAUCCUAAGACUCAGAAGGCAAGUGGGGGAAUAGAGCCAUCUUCCGCCUCUGAAGGCUGUGGCCAGCCUCUGUCCACUGGCACGAUGGGAUGUCCUCGGUGAAGACAGCAGGCAGCCCUUUCCUUUUUUUUUUUGGAGAUAAGUCUUGCUCAGUCAUCCAGGCUGGAAUGUGAUGGCACAAUCUUGGCUUACUGGAACCUCCGCCUCCCAGGUUCAAGUGAUUCUCCUGCCUCAGCCUUCUGACACUGGGACUAUAGGCGCUCACCACCACACCCAGCUAAUUUUUAGUAGAGACGGGGUUUCACCAUGUUGCCCAGGCUGGUCUCAAACUCCUGAGCUCAAGCAAUCCUCCCACCUCAGCCUCCCAAAGUGCUGGGAUCACAGGCACGAGCCACCACGCCCGCCUGCAGGUCGCCCUUUCACCUCGCACCAGGCCCAUCUCCUCCAUCGCUGAACAUUUUGCAACUUUUUUUUUAAGAGACAGAGUCCCACUAUGUUGUCUAUUAGACUCAAACUCCUGGGAUCCAGCUUUUCCAAGUGGCUUGAGCCUCUCAAGUAACUGUGACUGUACGUGCACACAACUGGACCUGGCCAUGUUUUAAACGCUUCAUUCUUUUUGGUGUCAAGGGGAAGAAGAAAAGUUUUUUUUUUAAUUAAAUUAAAAUUUUAAUUAAAAAAAAACAACAACAAAACUUUAGGCCAGGCAUGGUGGCUAAUGCCUGUAAUCCCAGCACUUUGGGAGGUCAACGUGAGUAGAUCACCUGCAGCAGUUCGAGACCAGCCUGACCAACAUGGUGAAACCCCGUCUCUACUAAAAAUACAAAAUUAUUAGUACAGGCAUGGUGGCAGGUGCCUGUAGUUCCAGCUACUCAGGAGGCUGAGGCAGGAGAGUCACUUGAACCCAGGUGGUGGAGGUUUCAUUGAGCCGAGAUGGUGCCAUUGCACUCCAGCCUGGGUGACAGAGUGAGACUGUGUCUCAAAACAAACAAAAAACCUUUACUUUGAAAUAAUUUCAAAAUUACAGGAGUUUCAAGAGUACAACAAAAAACAUUUUGCCACAUUUUUUUCUUUCAUUUGUUCCCUCCUCUCCUCCCUCGUCCCUUUCCCUUCCAGUCUUCUCUGAACAUGAACAACCAGGAAGGGUGAUUUGCAUACGUCAUUCCACGUUUACCCAUAAGGUGUUAGUGGACAUUUCCUAAGAGCAGGGGCGUCCUCUCAGUAUCCAUAGUACAGCUCUCACAUUCAGGAAAUAAGCUUAAAUCCUUCUCCUGUGAUAAAAAUACAACUAAAAUAAAAUUUUAAAAGGAAAUGUGUAGUAUUCUCCCAUCACUCCAAAAGUUGUGAGUUUGUAGCUCAUGUUUCAAAUCUGCCAGCUGUCCCUAUAACGAGUUUGAAAUCCAUUGUUCUGGUCCAGGAUCCCAUCCAGGACCAGGCCCUGCUGCGAGUUCCCUGCAACCUCUUCUGAUUUGGAGUAGGUCCUCAGCCUUCCUUUGUCUUUCAUGACAUUGAUGUUUGGAAGAGUACAGUCCAGUUUUUGUUGUAGAAUGUUCCUCAGGUUGGUCCGGGAGCAUUUGUGUCCAGCGAGUUGGGAAACGACAUUCACCUCUUUCGGUGAUGUGUAUAUUUGGCAAACCCCCAGCCUUGUGCUAGGUGUGUUACUCAGCCAACCCAGCCCCUGACCUUGGCAAUGUAGUUUGGGUUUGUGGGAAAAGCAGAUACCGUCAGGCGGGCGUUACGGACCCCUCUGUGUCUCAUGACCAGAGGCACUGACGCUUAGAUAAAUACAGGGAUGGAUGCAGGGCGAGUCAGCAUUCUAGAAGUCUGCAGAGGUACAGAAAUGGCCCUGCUCCCUCUCCAGCAUUCGGCCAUCAGCUUUGCCUGGCUUCCCAAGGCACCGUGAAAUUCACACUCCAGUCUUCUCUUGGAAAUCUUGAGGGAGCUGAGGUCUGGGUUCUAGCCCUGCCCUACCAGGGACCUGCUCUGUGGCUGGGAGAGGAGGCCCCUGUGGCUCUCCCAAGUGUCCUUGGAAGGAAGAAUGCUUUGAGGGGAGGAGAGUCACAGAGCUCUGAGUGGCGCGGGGAGAUAGGCCUGGGCCACGGGCUUCGAUCCCGCCUGGGACGAGGUUAAACAGAAUUAGGAUGGGUUCAUCAUGACCUGGCAGAAAACCAUCAGACCCGGAUUUUUGCUUUUUCAGCUGUUUAACUUCUGUUUCAUACAGGAUAAAAAAUGGUCAACCGUGAUCUUAAAUAAUCGAUGUAGUAGCCAUGGGCACUUUGUCAGACUAAAGCAGACAAGGCAAAAGUGUUUGGAGUGCUGUCGGAUCGUCACGAAACCUUAGCCCACAAGCUUUCAGUGAGACACAAAAUAACCCGAAUUUCUAUCUAGCAAUGAAGUCAGCACCACUGUCCAUUCUGUGUUACACACUAACAUUUCAGAGUUCCCUCCCUGGGGCUGCAGACAUCCAUGUGAGAAACACUUGAAUGCUCUGUCUUUAUAAUUUAACUUAAAUUAAAUAAAACUUAAAAUUCAGCUGUCAGUUGUUCUGGUGACAUUUGAAGGGUUUCGUACCAUACGUGGCUCGUGGGCACCAUCCUGGACCAUGUCUGUGGAGAACAGCGCCAUCCCUGCAGCGAGUCAUGUUUCACAGCGCCGCCCUGCAUGCCCAGCAGCCUGGGGAGCAGGAGAUUUCCUUCCACAUCAAAGACUGGCCGCACGGUACAGAAUCUGACAGAUCCUGAAGUCAGCCCUUAAAUAUGCUGCAAACUGUCAACGGCGUGUUCUCUGGAAUGCCGGGGUGGAUCAGAGGUAUGCUAGAUUCAAUGCUAGAAGAUUUAUAGAAUUUUACUUCUGUUAUCCUGGUGACUCAGAGCCCUGUUAAAUCAGUUUCAUCAUCAAGCUGCGGUCCUGGUUUUAAAGAGAAUGAUUGCAGCGAAGUUGGAAUCGCAGUGAUGUCACUCAGUGCCCUGGGUCUCUCCACUCACCUGGCCCUCCAAAUUCCCAGGGCCUUGAGCAUGGGCUCCUAUUGGAGCCCAGUUUUGGCUGGGUGGGGGGCACUUCCUAUGGGUGGGGGACCCCAUCUCAAUGCUGAGGCAGCCACUCCCGAAGACAAUAGGCUGAGCUGUCUGGGGGCAGGUUCUGAGGCAGGCCAUGAGACAGACUCAGCUGGAUAACACAGAUGGCAGGCUGGAUUCAUGUUGCCCCCACACCUCCCGCAUCUGCUGACGACACCCAGAAUUGUGGCCCUGGGCCAAACCUCAGCUCCUCGUCCCAUGAAAGUGUGGGUCACAGCGUGGGUGAUAGAGCAGGCCUGCCAGUGCCCCCUACGCUCCUGCUGUGGGUCCAGCCCACAACUGAGGAAGUCACACACAGCUGUGUGCUGGAGUAUGUCUGUUUGAGAGUGCCUGUCUGCUGUGGGUCCUUGCUGUCCCCGUCUUCUGACUUCCUGGCUGAGGAAAGCUGAAUGGGCCAAAGCCCCUGUGCAGCAUUUGCCUCGGCUCUCACGCGGCUCCCACGUGGCUGCUGCUGCUCCAGCUGCGAUGUGACUCUUCCACACUGCUCUGAGUGGCCAGUAAGUCCUCUCACCCGCUCCUCGGGGGGCUGCAGAGCACAGCUGUGACUGUCUGUCUGACAGGGGUCCGUUAGAGCUAGAGGUUAGAGAGUGGGAGGCCCUCCAGGGAAGUGCUCUUGCUCUGUGGGUCAGAUCCCUGGGCUUGCUGGGAAGGGUGGCUGAGGCUUUGUGUUGACGGUGCUGGAAGCCGGGACUUCAGACUCCAGGCUCUGCCACUCUGUUCCUCCUCCAGCCGCCAAGGCCCUUUCCCCGUGGCACCCAUGUGGGGCAGGUCCUCGGGUCUGUAGUUUGUUGUCUGAGUGUGGAGCCUGCGCCUGGCAGAGCUCCCUUCUGUUACAGCAGGGGUUGGGCUGAUGAGGGUGAGGACCCUGUGAGAGACUGGGGCAGGUGUCUGCAUGGUCGAGGGUGAGUGUGGGCCGGCAGAGCCUGCUUCCUGUGUAGUUAAGCCCAGUGUGAAAACUGGCAUGUGGGGAGUGGGGAGGCACUUCUGCUGCCUGGAUGGGGAGGGGAUCCCCUUUUGGCCUUUAAAUAUACGGUGGAAGCCUCUUUGGGCAAGCCAAGCCAUGAGCCCUUUCACUGGUACCCAGGGAUGAGACAGCAUGGUCAGCUGAGCCUCUGGAGGCCGUUCAGAUCAAGCCGGAGCCCAGGGUGGUGCUGCCUAGAGGCCGAAGCAGACUUCCCAUGGGCCUCCUGUCCUGGCUCAGGAGGUUGGCAGGAGAACUGGAUGGGCAUCAACUAUAUGUGGAUGAAAGUUCCUGGUAGCCAAGUUCUCCCCAGAAGAUGAGCUGAGGCUGUGCUGAGGGGGACGAACUCGGGAUUAGCAUUCCACAUGGGGCCAGAUCACCCAGGAAGCAGGCCGGAAUAUGUGGGACACCAGUAAGGCACACGUUUUUGGACAGAUUUUAAUGUUUUAUUAUUUUAUGAGAUGGAGUCUCACUGUCGCCCAGUCUGGAGUGCAAUGGCAUGAUCUCAGCUCACUGCAACCUCUACCUCCCUGGUUCAAGCCAUUCUCCUGCCUCAGCUUUCUGAGUAGCUGGGAUUACAGGCACCUGCCACCACGCCCAGUUAAUUUUUCUGGUAUUUUUAGUUGAGACAGGGUUUCGCCUCGUGAUCCACCCGCCUCAACCUCCCAAAGUGCUGGGAUUACAGGUGUGAGCCGCCGCGCCCGACCGGCACUAGUGCUCACGGGCUGCAGGGACAGGAUGGACUAGAGGCGAGCACCCCAGCGGCACCUGGCAUUCCCCGACCCAACCAGGUAGCCAGCCGCACUGCCCCUGGGCAGAUGCGCACGGUGGCUGCGGCUCAGAGCGGGGAGCCGCUGCUUGGCCCCAUCCCCAGGCAGCGGAAUGCCCAGAACUGGUCCCCUGGCUUAGGCACCAGCCGAGUAGGAGCUGGGUGGGCAGUGGCGUCGGGUAGGCCCUUCCCGCGGGGCGGGCAGCUCGCUUUGACCCAGCCGCCUGACUCGGCUUGUGUCCUGGCAGCGAUGACUCUGGGGCAACUCCGCUGCGGUGGCUAGCCCGGGGCGGCCAAGCGAUGGCGGCACAGGGGCGGGAACCGGUCCGCACGCCUGACCUGAGCAAGCCGAGGAGCAGGUGCUCGGCGGCGCUGUGAGGCGGCACUCCCUGAUGACAGGCAGGGUGGACGGCGCCACCCGGAAGGACCCCCCAGCCCAGGCCGGCGCCGGAGCUGCAGCGCCACCUGUAGGCCAAGGAGUUUUCUCCGGGUGUCGGGGAAAGCAGGAAGCAGGCCGGAAUGUGUGGGGCACCAGUAAGGUGUGCGCAGGUGCAGUGACGUCACAGGAGCAGGAGCAAGUGCGAUGACGUCACACGCGAGGGCCUGGCCGUUACCCGCGUGGCUUGGCGUUCGUUGUCCGUGAGGCUUCGAGGCGAUCGCUUGGCUUGGCGGUGGUCGCUUGGCUUGACGUUUUUUACUUGGCUCGGAGGUGCUCCUUUCACUGAUUGGAAACCUCGGGCUUUCCUCGUGGGAGGUUGUGGUCACGGCAGUAAUUCGCUACUGUUGGCCUCCUGAGGUGGAGAAAAGCAGGGAGGGGUGGGGAGGGGCUGAGGGGGUCUCCGAAGGCGGCAGUCUCCGCCAUGAGGAGGAGAUACAGAGUUUGGAGCCCGCCCGACAGCUCGGACAGCGGAAGCGAGGGUGCAGCGGACGCCUUCAACCCGAUUUGCUACUUCAUCCUCCCCCCGCCUCACUAUCAAGUCCACCUGGAAGAUCUCGGGGAGCUCCACAGAGCUGCCUGGCUGGGCGACGUCCCGGGGCUGGAGCGAGUACUGGUGCCCGGAGGCCCUGGCGUAGACAAGAGGGACAGUGAGAAUAGGACUGCUCUGCACUUGGCGUGCGAUCAUGGACAUCCAGCAGUGGUAAAUCUCCUGGUGGGCAGACUAUGUCAACUUAAUUGUUUUGACAGCUAUAAGAGGACAGCUCUGAUAAAGGCCGUACAAUGCAGAAAAGAGGAAUGUGCAACUAUUUUGCUGGACGGGGGUGCUGAUCCAGACCUUCCCGAUAUCUACGGCAACACCGCUCUGCACUAUGCUGUGCAUAAUGAAGACGAAUCACUAGCAGAAAAACUGCUUUCAUACAGUACAAACAAGGAGGCAAAAAAUGAGAAUGACCUCACACCACUUCUAUUUGCCAUAAGCGGAAAAAGACAGCAAAUGGUAGAAUUUUUACUGGAGAGAGGAGCAAAUUUACUUGCAGUUGAUAAGUGUCAAAGAACAGCGCUCAUUCUCGCCGUGCAGUGUGGAUCAGCGAACAUAGUUAGCCUUCUUCUGCAGCAACAAAUUGACAUCUUUUCUCAAGAUACACUUGGGAGGACUGCAGAAGACUAUGCAGUUUUAAAUCGGUUUACUGGCAUUCAGCAACUAAUUUCUGAAUGCAAGGAAAAACAGCAAUCAGAGUCUGUUAGCCUAUCAAGAAUUGAGGGUGAAUUUCAUUUAUAUGAAGACUCCCUGGAACUUAAGAAUAAUGAGGAUGAACGACUUACAGCAGAAAUUAAACAAAUGGGAAAUAUGGUUAGUGUACUACAAAAGGAGCUCUCCGAAACAAAAGAGACAAAAUUACAGUUAGAGCAUCAGAAGAUUGAAUGGGAACUAGAGCUGCGCAGGUUGAGACUUGCCUUAAAACAAGAAAAAGAGAAGAAAGAAAAUGCCGAAAUGUUGUGUAAUAAAGUUAAUGAACAGUUAAGAAUAAAAGAAGAGGAAUGUAGGGGAAAGGCUGAAAUGAUUCAAGAACUUCAAUGGACUCUGAGAAAACUCAUUAAGGAAUUGAGGAUGCAGCAGCAACUUUUUGAAGAACAGAAUGCCAGAAUAGUACAAGAUCAGAUUCUGACCAGUAAACAAAAGGAGCUAGAAACGGCUCAAAAGAAAAUGGAUUCUGAGGACAAAAUGAAGGCUGAUAUGUCUGACCUACGAGCUAGGAAUGAGGUUCUUUCUGAAAAACAUUCUAAUGUGGAAAAUAAAAUCAGCCUACAAAUUCAGCUCGAUAAUGCAAGAGAUGCUGUUGGAGAACAGAAUUUGAUUUUGGAACAUGUGCAAAGAGACCUCGGCCAAACACAGUGUCAGAAGAAAGAAAUUGAACAAAUGCACCAAAUUCAACAAAGAAAACUGAAGAAAUACAUUGCAAAGCAGGAAUCUGUAGAAGAGAGAUUAUUUCAAUUACAAAAUAAAAAUACGUUGCUUCGACAGCAACUGGGUGAUGCUCACAAGAAAGUGAACAGACAAGAAAAGACAAUCAGUUCUCUCCAUGACCAGUUUCAGGCUCUUGCCAGUAAUAUUCAAUCUCAGAGUGAAAAGCAGAGUCUUCUACUACAAGAGAAUGAGGAAGUAGUUAUGAGACAACACCAACUAGAAUGGACUGAUCCCCUAAAACAACAACCUACAGCAGAGGCUACAUCAUUUAAUUUAGAUGAGACACAGGAUUCAAAGAAGAAAUUGGGUCAAAGCAGCAGUGAAGAUGACCUUACUGAAGCACAGAAAACUGCACCUUCACGAUGUCCAGAUCUGGACGCAGAUAAUGAAGUUCUUCGGCAGACAUUAUUCUCUGUGAAAGCAUUAAAAAAGAAAUGUCAAACACUAGAGGAGGAGAAGAAGCAGUUGAAGCAGGAAAUAGUAAAUCUCAAAAUUCAUAUGGAAAGAAAAAUGUUAGAACGUGGUGAAGCUGAACAGUAUGAGGUGCCGAUUGAAGAAAGAUCAAGACGGAUAGUAGAAGCGUUAAAGGAAAUCAGUCUCUCCUUGCAGACUCAAGCAGCACCUCAGGAACAGUUAGAACAGUUAGUGCAAAGGGUGAAUGAUAUUACCGCAGAAAAAACCCAGAUGGAACUCACAAUCAAAGACCUGCAAUCUGAGCUCUCCAGAGUAAAAACUUCGCAAGCCGAAAAUAAAAUCGAAUUGGAAAGAUAUAAGGAAUACCGCCUAAACGAAGUAAAAUUUGCAGCAGCCUUUUCAAAUGAACUGAGAAGAACCAUGGAGAUGACAGCAGAGGUCAGUGCCCAGCUUACUGCGGAGAAAGAGAAGACCAGAUAUCCAGCCACUGCUUCUACUACAAGGCCAUUCCUAGUGUCACCUUCUGUUGGAAAUCUUGGUGAAGGUCUCAACAGAAGACAUAUUGGAAGAGAAAGCAGGUCUUCAGAUGAGAGCAUGGAGAGCUUCAUGUUGAGGGAUGACCUUACAGAAGCACAGAAAACUGCACCUUCACGAUGUCCAGAUCUGGACGCAGAUAAUGAAGUUCUUCGGCAGACAUUAUUCUCUGUGAAAGCAUUAAUAAGGAAAUGUCAAACACUAGAGGAGGAAAAUAAGCAGCGGAAACAAGAAAUAGUAAAUCUCAAAAGUUAUAUGGAGGUAAGUAUGUUAGAACGUGGUGAAGCUGAACAGUAUGAGGUGCCGAUUGAAGAAAGAUCAAGACGGAUAGUAGAAGCGUUAAAGGAAAUCAGUCUCUCCUUGCAGACUCAAGCAGCACCUCAGGAACAGUUAGAACAGUUAGUGCAAAGGGUGAAUGAUAUUACCGCAGAAAAAACCCAGAUGGAACUCACAAUCAAAGACCUGCAAUCUGAGCUCUCCAGAGUAAAAACUUCGCAAGCCGAAAGUAAAAUUGAAUUGGAAAGAUAUAAGGAUAUCUACGUAGAAGGAAUAAAUUUUGUAAGAUCCUUGUCAAGUGGACUGAGAAGAACCAUGGAGAUGACAGCAGAGGUCAGUGCCCAGCUUACUGCGGAGAAAGAGAAGACCAGAUAUCCAGCCACUGCUUCUACUACAAGGCCAUUCCUAGUGUCACCUUCUGUUGGAAAUCUUGGUGAAGGUCUCAACAGAAGACAUAUUGGAAGAGAAAGCAGGUCUUCAGAUGAGAGCAUGGAGAGCUUCAUGUUGAGGAUGCAGCAGAAGCUGGAUAAAGAAAUACAUUCAGCAGGAGUAAUAGAGGUGGAGCCUAAAUCUUCUCUAGAUUUAGGGGCACAUUUCUAAUGAAUAGGAAAAAGUGGAUGUGACAGUUUGUGAGUUAGAAGAUGAAGUAAGGAAAGGUACCACACUUUUCUCCUUCCACCUCCUGUGGAAUCAGCUGCUCUAAAAAAACCCAACUGCUAUGUGGUGAGGACUUGAAGCAGCGUCGCGGGGACUUCCACAUAGCAAGGAACUGAGAGGAUUUUAGCUAAUGACCAUGCGACUGGGUCAUCUUGGAAGUGGACUGUUCAGCCCCAAACUGUCAGAUGACUGUAGUCCUCUCUGGCUGACAUCUUGACUGCAGCCUAAAUGGCUUUAUGAAAAAUCCAGAAAUCAUCAGCACCCCAGGCAAGUGCAAAACCAAAAACAGCUGCCUUGGAAUGGGUAAGAAAAGCUGUUGAAUUUCAGCCCUUUCUCCCAAGUGGGCACUGUUUCGUGUAACCAGGAGAUGUUCAGCUCUUGGCUUCUCCCUUGGGAGUAGAAGAGAAGUGGGAGCAGAAGUUCGACAAUCUGGCUUUUCUGGGUUCUACCUGAGUGCCUGAUUUCUGGCUUGCAUGACUUGGAGUGCUAAAGGAGAAUCCACCUACUUUGAAUAAGUGGAGGCCACUGAGAAUAAAGGAGAACUCAGCAGCCUGUAGCAGCACCAGAAAACCCGCAGGACUGCAUACAGACACCAGAAAGAGCAAGAGAUUAUGAGCUGCUGAAAAAGAAACAAGCAAACAUCACUGAUUGGAAAAAUAUGUGCACACAUCCAGAGAAGAUGCAUCCCCAGGAAGUUUAGAGAAGCUUCUGAAAUAUAUAGCCAGGCUCACUGGUGAAUUAUCUAUUAGACCCAUUUGCUUUUCAGUGAGGCUUCCAGAUUUUCUGUCUGGAAGAUCUGUCCAGACAAAGUCUUAACCUUGUAUGAAGCCAAUCAUGAAAAAAGUUGAUUUUUUUUAAUGACAAAUCUCAGCCAAAGCGUAUCUUGGCAUACAACGAAACGGGACCAUGGACCAAUCAAAGGAAAAAAUCUCCAGAACUGACCUAAAUGUCCAUAGAGUAGGGGUAUAGGUGAUGCAGUGAUUUCCCUUUUUCAUUUCUGAGAUUAGACAUUUGUGUCCCCUCUCCUUUUCCUUAGAUAGCUUAUAGGUUUUAUGGAUCUUCUCACAUAACUAGCUUUUGGUUUUGUUGAUUUUCUCUGUUGAUUUCCUGUUUUCAAUCAACAGAGUGAUUGAAAUGAGGAUUAGUGAUUUCAAUUAGUCAUGUCUCUUAUUUUCAUUAUUUCUUUUAUUCUGCUUGCUUUGGAUUUUAUUUCCUCUUCUUUUUCUAUUUUCUAAAGUGGAAAUUAUAAUGGUUGAUUUAAGAACUUUCUUUUUGUCUUAUAUAUGCAUUCAGUGCUAUAAAUUUUCCUCAAAGUACUAUUUCAUCCUCCCACAAAUUUUGAAAAGCUUUGUUUUAAUUUCAUUUAGCUAAGAAUAUUUUUAAAUGUCUCUUGAGAUCUCUUAUUUUACCCAUGUGUUAUUUAGAAGUGUAUUGCUGAGUGUCUAAGUAUUUGGGGACUUUUUUCCAGUUACCUCCCUGUUAUUGGUUUCUAGGUUAGGUCUGAGAGCAGACGUGAUAUGAUUUAUAUUCCUUAAAAUUUGUUUAGGUGUGUUUUAUAGCCCAGAAUGCGGUCUAUCUUGAUGUGUUUGUUCCUUGUGAAUUUGAGAAGAAAUGUGUGUUCUUCUGGUGGUGAGUGAAUUGGUCUGUAGAUGUCCAUUCUAUUUCCUUGAUUGGUGGUGUUUUGUUGAGUUCGACUAUGUGCUUACUAUCUGCCUGCUGGAUCUAUUCACUUCUGCUACAGGGGUGUUGAAGUCUCCACUCUGAUGGUGGAUUACUCUACUUCUCCUGGCAGUUCUUGCUAACAUUUUUCUCACAUAUUUUCAUACUGUGUUAGGUAUAAAUUCACGGAGAAUUGUGUCUUGUUAGAGAAUUGACCCCACCAUCACUAUCUAAUGCCCCUCUUUUUCCCAGAUAACUUUCCUUGCUGUGAAGUUGUCUCUGUCUAGAACUAAUACCUACUUCUGCUUCUUUUUGGAUUAGUGUUAGCACAACGUAUGUUUCUCACCCACCAUUUACUUUUAAUCUAUAUGUGUCUUUAUAUUGAAGAGGGUUACUUAUAGACAAUGUAUAGUUGAUUCUUGUUUUAGAACCACUCUGACCAUAUCUGUGUUUUAAUUAAUGCAUUUAGACCAUUGGUAGUCAAAGUGGUUAUGGAUAUAGUGGGAUUAAUAUAUCCUAUCUAACAAAUUGUUACUUAAAAAAAUUUUUCCCCUUGUUAUUUGUUUCCAUUUUUCUCCUUCAUCCUUUCUGCCUUUUGUGGUUUUGACUGAGCCUUCUUUAUGACUACAUUUUCUCUCCUUUCUUAGCAUAUUAGUUCUAUUUCAUUUACUUUUUUAAGGGUUUGCCCAAGGUUUUCCAUAUACAUUUACAACAAAUUCAACUCUGCUUUCAAAUAAUACGAUACCACUUCAUGGUAGUGUGAGUACCUCAUAAAAACAUAAUCCUGAAUCCUCAUUUCUGUCUCUUGUAUCACCGCUAUCUUUCAAUUGAAUUAUGUGUAAGUAUAUAUAUAUAUAAUAUAUAUAAAAAUAUACAUAAUGUUAUAUAUCAUAUAUAAUAUAGAAAAUAAAAUAUUACAGUACAUAAUAUAUAUUCUUAACAAUAUAUAACAUUUUAUAAUGUAUACCAUAUAUUACAUAAUAUAAAAGAUGUAAGAAUAUAUAAUGUAAUAUAAUAUAUAUUAUGCAUAAUUCCAUUGAAAGAUAGCGGUGAUACAAAAGACAGGGAUGAGGAUUUAGGAUUAUGUUUUUAUGAGGUACUCACACUACCAUGAAGUGGUAUCGUAUUAUUUGAAAGUAGAGUUAAAUUUGUUGUAAAUGUAUAUGGAAAAUCCUUAGGGCAAACACUUAAAGUAAUGCAGUAUAUAAUAUAUAUAUGUAAGAAUAUAUAUAUUCUUAAAUUAUAUAUAAUAUGUAUUAUAUAUAAGGAUACAUAUAUAUAUGGAUGGAUAUAUAAGAAUAUAUAAUGUAUAUAAGAAACACAUAUGAGAAUAUAUAAUAUAUAUAAGGAUAUAUAAUAUAUAUGUAUAUACAUUCCUAUAAAAAUACACUCAAACAGUAAAAGGAAAAUAAAUACUGAGACCCCAGAAUCACUAAGCCAAUGGGAAAAGUCAAGCUGGAAACUGCUUAGGGAAAACCUGCCUCCCAUUCUAGUAUAUAAUGAAGUGUAUAUAAUGGUAUAUGUAAGAAUAUGGAUGCAUAAGGGGAUAUAUACAAUUACAUAUAAUAUAGUAG